AGUGUGGCAUAUUUGGCUGCACUACGUACGCCCAUUUUGCAUGACUCGCUUGCCAUUUUAGUGGCCAGCGUGUUGUGUGUUGAUUAGACAAAGUAUUUGGUUAUUAUUGGGGAAAUGGUAAAAAUGGAACACAAAAUGAUAAAAGUUGAACACGAUGAAGAAAGAAAAAUGGUGAAAGUAAAGCACGAUGAAAGAGGCAAAAUGGAACCUGAGUAUACGCGGAAACUUUUUAUUGGUGGAAUUUAUUAUAAAACAACUGAUGAAUCUCUGAAAAAACAUUUCGAACAAUGGGGUGAAAUUGUCGAUGUUGUUGUAAUGAAAGACCCCCAAACAAAAAAGUCUCGGGGGUUUGGCUUUGUUACGUAUGCCCGUGCACACAUGGUCGACGACGCCCAGAAUUCCCGACCGCACAGAGUAGAUGGAAGAAUUGUGGAACCCAAGAGAGCUGUACCCCGACAGGAAAUCGGUCUACCAGAAGCCGGUGCAACUGUUAAGAAACUAUUUGUUAGUGGUUUGAAGGGAGGUAUAGAGGAAGAACAUCUGUCGGAAUACUUCCAAACCUUUGGCAACAUUGUAUCCUGUGCUAUUGUCGUCGAUAAAGCGACGGGCAAGAAGAGAAGUUUUGGUUUCGUUGAGUUCGAUGAUUAUGAUCCUGUUGACAAAAUAUGUCUUCAGAGAACGCACCUAAUUCAGGGGAAGCACAUAGUCGUCAAGAAGGCCUUGAGUAAGACAGAAAUUGCAUGUCAAGAGCCAAGGAGUCGUUUUGAAGGUAUGGGCGGAGGUGGCCGCGGAGGUCCUGACUGGAAUUCUGGAGGAGGUGGAUGGGGAAGUGGUGACCCAUGGGACAACCAUGGUGGGCCUGAUGGAUGGGGAAGUGGUGACCCAUGGGACAACCAUGGUGGGCCUGAUGGAUGGGGAAGUGGUGACCCAUGGGACAACCAUGGUGGGCCUGAUGGAUGGGGAAGUGGUGACCCAUGGGACAACUGUGGUGGGCCUGAUGGUGGAUGGGGAAGUGGUGACCCAUGGGACAACUGUGGUGGGCCUGAUGGUGGGUGGGGCCCAGGUGGUGGAGGUGGCAGUUGGGGCAAUGACAGUUUUAAUGGUGGCUAUCAGCAGAAUUAUGGUGGAGGGCCUGUUAGAGGCGGUUUUGGUGGUGGAAGACCGGGCCCUUAUUCAGGUGGUGGCAUGGGAGGCUAUGGAGGAGGUGCACGUCGAUUCUGAACUGUCUUGAAUACAGUUUACUGUGCCUUCAUGGUACUUCUACCGCUGCAUCAGUGACCAGUGCUUGUUUAAGUAAAAGACAAUCAGACAGCCAAAGCUGCAUGAAGACACGUGUUUCAUUCUUGUCAGUGGAUCAGACUCUUAAAAUGUAAUUUACUGCACAUACUAUUUAAUUGUGAGAAACAGAUCAAACAAUAGCAACUGUGUACUCAAACUAAAUUAUUUAAACUAUGGCCAGUGUAGUGUAUAUUGUUUUCCACAGUUCUUCUUUGUUCUUACUUGUUUUGUUUUUGUAUAAAUAUUGAACAUAACAUUUGUUGUUAGAUGUUUCAAAGUUUAAUCACUUGGCAUUGCUCUGUAGGUUUGAAUGGUAUUGUUUUUUCAUACUAAAUGUGUCCUCUUUUCCUAUAAGUGCAUACUUGCUAUACACAAUGACAGUCAUGUAUUUCAAAUGUGUAUCAGUAUUAAAUGAAUAGAAACAAUGGGUUCAAAUGUA